CCUCCGCCAGGGUGUCAUGGCAGCCUCCACACGCUGCUGCUUAUGCCUGCGGCUCCGGCCGCUGAAGAACCGACCUUUCCUCGUGUCGAGGCAGGCCCCGCGGCUGUCUCCGAGACAGGCACGAGCGCUGUGGGGAAGCACGAAGCCCAGGACCGUGACCGUGGACUUGGGCAGCAGAAAACUAGAAAUAUCCUCUGGAAAACUGGCUAGAUUUGCAGAUGGCUGUGCUGUGGUACAGUCAGGUGAAACAGCUGUGAUGGUCACAGCAGUCAGUAAAACAAAACCUUCACCCUCUCAGUUCAUGCCUUUAGUGGUUGACUAUAAACAAAAAGCUGCUGCAGCAGGUAGAAUUCCCACAAACCAUCUUAGAAGAGAAUUUGGUUCUUCUGAUAAAGAAAUUCUCACAAGUCGAGUUAUAGAUCGUUCAAUUAGGCCUCUCUUUCCAUCUGGCUACUUUUAUGAUACACAGGUUCUUUGUAAUCUUUUAGCAGUAGAUGGUGUUAAUGAACCUGAUGUCUUAGCAAUUAAUGGUGCUUCUGCUGCUCUCUCAUUAUCAGAUAUUCCUUGGAAUGGUCCCAUUGGUGCAGUACGAAUAGGAUUAAUUGAUGGAGAAUUUGUUGUUAACCCAACUCGAAAAGAAAUGUCCUGUAGUACUUUAAAUUUAAUAGUCACUGGAGCACCUAGCAGUCAGAUUGUAAUGUUGGAAGCUGCCGCGGAGAAUGUAUUACAACAGGACUUUUGUCAUGCCAUCAAAGUUGGGGUGAAGCAUACCCAACAGAUAAUCCAUGGUAUACAGAAAUUGAUGAGAGAGAGUGGUUGUGUUAAAAGGACUCCUCAAAAGCUCUUUUCUGCACCACCAGAGAUAGUGAAGUUUGUCAAUAAACAUGCCAUGGAAAGGAUCUAUGCUGUUUUUACAGAUUUUAAUCAUGACAAAGUUUCCAGAGAUGAUGCUAUUAACAAGAUAAGAUUAGAUGUUGAGGAACUAGUUAAAGAAAAAUUUCCAGAGGCUGAUCCAUAUGAAAUAAUAGAAUCCUUCAAUGUUGUUUCAAAAGAAGUUUUUAGAAAUAUUAUCCUGAAUGAAUAUAGAAGGUGUGAUGGAAGAGAUUUGACAUCACUCAGGGAUAUCAGUUGUGAAGUGGACAUGUUUAGAACCCUUCAUGGAUCAGCCCUCUUUCAGAGGGGCCAGACCCAGGUACUUUGUACAGUAACAUUUGAUUCUUUAGAAUCCAGUGUUAAGUCUGAUCCUAUCACAACAGCUAUUAGUGGAAUAAAAAAGAAAAAUUUCAUGCUUCAUUAUGAGUUUCCUCCUUAUGCAACUAAUGAAACUGGCAAAGUCACUGGUGUGAAUAGAAGAGAACUUGGACAUGGUGCACUUGCUGAAAAAUCUUUAUAUCCUAUUAUUCCCAAGGAUUUUCCUUUCACUAUAAGAGUGACAUCUGAAGUUCUGGAGUCAAAUGGUUCUUCUUCUAUGGCGUCUGCAUGUGGUGGAAGCUUAGCAUUAAUGGAUGCAGGAGUUCCAAUUUCAUCUCCUAUUGCUGGUGUGGCAAUAGGACUGAUUGUCAAAAACAAUUCUGAAAAAGAAUGUGAAAUUGAAGAUUAUCGUUUGUUGACAGAUAUCCUGGGAAUUGAAGAUUAUCAUGGUGACAUGGAUUUCAAAAUGGCUGGAACAAAUAAGGGAAUCACUGCAUUACAGGCUGAUAUCAAAUUACCAGGAAUACCAAUAAAAAUUAUAAUGGAGGCAAUUCAACAAGCUACAGUGGCAAAGAGAGAAAUUUUACAGAUUAUGAACAAAACAAUUUCAAAACCUCGAGAAAGUAGAAAGGAAAAUGGACCAGUUGUAGAAACAGUUCAGGUGCCUUUAUCAAAAAGAGCAAAGUUUGUUGGACCAGGUGGAUAUAACUUAAAAAAACUACAGGCUGAAACAGGAGUAACUAUUAGUCAGGUGGAUGAAGAAACAUUUUCAAUAUUUGCUCCAACACCUAAUGCUAUGAAUGAAGCAAGAGAAUUCAUUAAUGAAAUCUGCAAAGACGAUCAAGAGCAUCAGUUAGAAUUUGGAGCAGUUUAUACUGCCACAAUAACUGAAAUUAGAGACACAGGAGUAAUGGUAAAACUUUAUCCAAAUAUGACUGCAGUACUCCUUCAUAAUACCCAACUUGAUCAAAGAAAGGUUAAACAUCCAAGUGCCUUGGGAUUAGAAGUUGGUCAAGAAAUUCAGGUGAAAUACUUUGGACGUGACCCUGCUGAUGGGAGAAUGAGGCUUUCAAGAAAAGUGCUUCAGGCUCCAGCUACAAAUGUUAUCAAAUCUUUAAGUGAAAGAAGCAGUAUUGUAAUGGGUGACUCUGUUCCACAAUCAUCCAGUUCUUCUUCCCAAUGAUAAUGUGAAAAAAAAAUGGAGAUGUUAUUUAUAUACUAAUCAAGAUUUCAAAAAUUCCACAAUGUCUUCUAUUGUUUAGAUUUACAUAUAACAAAUAUAUUCCUCAUAAUUUGUAUUAAAA